UCUGGCAGGGGCGGGGUCUGCCACUGCCCCACGUUGCCACUUCGGUGACACUACCCUCUGUGCCUACCCCUGCCCUGCUGGGGUCACGUUUGGGAGACCGGAUCAUGACUCGUUCCGUGGCCGUCUGGCUCUUGGUCGGACUCAGCCUCGGUGUCCCCCAAUUCUGCAAAGGUGAUGUUUGUGAUCCCAGUCCAUGUGAAAAUGGAGGUAUCUGUUUGUCAGGGUUGGGUGAUGACUCCUAUUCCUGUGAGUGUCCAGAUGGCUUCACAGAUCCCAACUGUUCUAGUGUUGUGGAGGUUGCAUCGGAUGAAGAGCCAACCACAGCAGGUCCCUGCAGCCCCAAUCCAUGCCACAAUGGAGGAACCUGUGAAAUAAGUGAAGCAUACCGAGGGGACACAUUCAUAGGCUAUGUUUGUAAAUGUCCUCCAGGAUUUAAUGGGAUUCAUUGUCAACACAAUAUAAAUGAAUGUGAAGCUGAGCCUUGCAAAAAUGGUGGAAUAUGUACAGAUCUCGUUGCUAAUUAUUCCUGUGAAUGCCCAGGUGAAUUUAUGGGAAGAAAUUGUCAAUAUAAAUGCUCAGGCCCAUUGGGAAUUGAAGGUGGAAUAAUAUCAAAUCAGCAAAUCACAGCAUCAUCUACCCACCGAGCUCUUUUUGGACUCCAAAAAUGGUAUCCCUAUUAUGCACGUCUUAAUAAAAAGGGGCUUAUCAAUGCCUGGACAGCUGCAGAAAAUGACAGAUGGCCAUGGAUUCAGAUAAAUUUGCAAAGGAAAAUGCGGGUCACUGGUGUGAUUACCCAAGGAGCCAAGAGGAUUGGAAGCCCAGAAUAUAUAAAAUCAUACAAAAUUGCCUAUAGUAAUGAUGGAAAGACUUGGGCAAUGUACAAAGUGAAAGGAACCAAUGAAGACAUGGUGUUCCGUGGAAAUGUUGAUAACAACACCCCCUAUGCCAACUCUUUCACACCACCCAUAAAAGCUCAAUAUGUCAGACUUUAUCCUCAAGUUUGUCGAAGGCAUUGCACUUUAAGAAUGGAACUUCUUGGCUGUGAGCUAUCAGGCUGCUCUGAACCUCUGGGGAUGAAAUCAGGACAUAUACAAGACUACCAGAUUACUGCCUCCAGCAUCUUCAGAACUCUCAAUAUGGACAUGUUCACUUGGGAACCAAGGAAAGCUCGUCUGGAUAAGCAAGGCAAAGUGAAUGCCUGGACUUCCGGACACAACGACCAGUCACAAUGGUUACAGGUGGAUCUUCUUGUUCCUACCAAAGUGACUGGCAUCAUCACACAAGGAGCUAAAGAUUUUGGCCAUGUUCAGUUUGUAGGGUCCUACAAACUAGCUUACAGCAAUGAUGGAGAACACUGGACUGUAUAUCAGGAUGAAAAGCAAAGAAAAGAUAAGGUUUUCCAGGGUAACUUUGACAAUGACACCCAUAGAAAAAAUGUCAUUGACCCUCCCAUCUAUGCACGGCACAUAAGAAUCCUUCCUUGGUCCUGGUAUGGGAGAAUCACACUUCGAUCAGAGCUUCUGGGAUGCACAGAGGAGGAAUGAGGAGACCACACGUUCCAUAACCCUCUUACUUCCCCAAAAGUAUCUCCAUGGAAUGAACUGUGCAAAAUCUGUAGGAAAAUGAAUGGAGUUUUUUUCAUGAAAAAGUGCUCAAUUUAUGGUAGGCCACUGUCUUUAAGGAGGUCUAUGGCUGCCUUUUCAAUGCUUCAGUUUGAUUUUUAUUGUUUAAAUUCCUUUAGUAACAUCACAUUAACUGUGAAUUACUUUUCUCAUUGUUUUCUGAGUGAUUCACACUGUUUGAAAUGUAUUGGGGAAAGAAAGUAGCAUUAUUUUAUAGCAAGGGUAAAGAGAAAUCUCAUAGUUAUUAAAUAGCAACAAAUGUUAGUACAGCUUUUAAAAUCAAUAAUCAAUUCUUACAAAAGGAAUACUGCAAUGAUAGCAAUAAGUUUUUUUCUCCCUUCUGUAAUGACUCUACUACCCUAAUUGUUUCCCUGUACCUACCAAAAACUGUCAGUGUUUAUAACAGAAUUUUGAAGAAGAAUCUGUAAUAUGCAGUACUGAUAUUAUAAUCUUCUUUUUGCUUCCAUUGAUUUAUUUUAUUUUAGUUCUACUCUAUAUGCUUUAUAUUAUAUUAUGUGAAUACGUCUUUCUUUGGUUGAAUUUCUUCCUAUUAUUUGCCUAAAAGAAAGGCUAUGUUUCUUUAUAUAUAUGGAACAUAAUUGAAUAUUUGUUGAUUGAGCUGUAUUUAUUAUCAGUAGAUUGGGUCUGCAAUUUUAUUUGAAGGAAACUGUACUAAUAUAAUUUUGAAAUACUUCCUUUAUAGAGAACUGCAUACUGUCAUUU